AUGGCAGAAACACCAACUGCCGGUUCUCCUCGCUUGUCUCGUGGAAGACGAUAUGUUCCUAUGAAUGUGGGAAGAUUCGAACCGAUAGAUAAUCGUCAAGCGCUGGUAAUUGAAAUUGGAAACAGAUUCACCAAGGUUGGUUGUGCUGGAGAAUAUUUGCCGCAAGCGAUUAUACGUACUGAAGUGUCUUCUUGUAAAGGGAAGAUGUUUCCUGUUUUUGAAAAGAAUCGUGAUGAAACUGAGCAGUAUCGUUAUAUUGUGAGGCAUUUGUUGAUAACUCCAAAAGACAGACGUCUCGUAAUUGUUGAAAGCGUUAUGUCACCAACGGCUGAACGAAAUCUGCUUGCUAAAGCCCUUUUUGAGGCUUUUGAAGUUGCUUCUGUAUUAUUCGCUCCAUCUCAUCUGUUAGCUACUUUCCCUUACGGGACAAAAACUGCAUUGGUUAUUGAUAUUGGCUACAAAGAGACAUUGAUUUUACCAAUAAUCGAAGGAGUAACUGUUCUAAAUGCUUGGGAGGUUUCUUCUGUAGGCGGAAGAAGAAUAGAGGAACGAGCUUUGGAUCUUUUGCGGAAGCAUGGAAGAAUAAUUACUUGUAAAGGGACCACGAGAGAGAUUAAUGACGACGAUGUUGCAAUAUUUGCUAAGAACAGAACAGUUGAGGACGUUGUGGUUCGAUGCUGUUUUGUUACUUCAUUCGAUCGUUCUGGACAGCAGGCUUCUUCCGAAGGAGUUGGCCCAGGAGGAGAUGCUGCUGAAGGCCCGGCAGAAAUUCAGUUACGGCAUGGUGAUGAAAUACUUGUUGUUCCUGGCUACGUCAGGGAAUUUGUAGCGGAAGUACUUUUUGAUUACAAUGAAGAUGAGAAGUCACUUCCUCAACUGAUCCUUGAUUGCGUAUUGAAGUGCUCAAUUGACUGUCGUAGGAAACUUCUUGAAAGCUUGAUCCUGACUGGCGGCAGUGCUCGAAUGAAAGGCUUAUAUGCGCGUUUAAAAGAUGAACUGAAGCAAAUGGUCAAGUCGCCAGACCGUUCGUAUGCAAGCAAACUCGGAAAUAUCGAUUCAUUCAAGUUUUAUUUAUAUCCAAAUACUCCUUUAGAAAUGAUUGCAAAUUGGCUAGGAGGAAGUAUGUUUGGGGCGUUAGAAGUACUACAGUACCGGUCCACAUCGCGUGAUGACUGGACAGCUCGUAAGACUAUACCUGAUUGGACUAACGUAGUUGUGCAAGGUGCUUAG